AUGGAGACUACUUGUUUUGCUAAAAAUGCCAUUUUUGCUUGGGUUUUUGCUAUCAUCACUUUAUCUCCUUUGGCUUGUGUUAAAGCUGGAUGCACCAAAGAACAGACGAGAGCUCUCUUGGAGAUCAGAAACGCCACAAAUGUUUUUUUUCUUCGGGAUUGGGACGGAAGGGAUUGUUGUGAAGCGUUCCCAAUUACUUGUAGUCAUGGUCUUACUGGACCAGUCAUCGCAAUAUAUUUGGAAGGGAGAUACUAUUUGGGAGAGGGAUCCGAGAACUCCUACACUUUACCAAUAGGUACAUGGUAUCCAAAUGUAACCUUGUUUACCUUAUUUGAUGAACUUGAACUUCUAAAACUGAGUGGCAUGCAUAUUGGAGGAAGGCUUGAAGCUUUUUGCGAAUUGACGCGAUUAAAAUAUCUAAAGUAUUUGGAUCUUACGGAUAAUAGACUGGAAGGCGUUAUUCCCUCUUGUCUUGGGAUGAUUGGAAACCUUGAAGAACUUUCUCUAUCAAAUAAUCGUCUUUAUGGUAAUCUACCUCCAUCAAUACUCUUCAACCAAAGCAAGAUUCGAUCGUUUGAUGUUUCGGCCAAUCAAUUAGAUGGGGUUUUAUCAUUUUUUACUUUUGCCAAUGCUUCAAGUCUUCAACACCUUGAUCUUUCGGGUAAUCUCUUUUAUGGUAAUCUACCUCUAUCAAUAUUUGCUUCAAGUCUCCAAACCCUUGGUCUUUCGAGUAAUCGCUUUCAUGGUAAUCUACCUCCAUCAAUAUUCUCCAAUCAAAGCAAGAUUAUGCGGUUUUAUGUUUCGGCCAAUCAAUUAGAUGGGGUUUUAUCAUUUUCUACUUUUGCCAAUGCUUCAAGUCUCCAAUACCUUGAUCUUUCAAGCAACUGCAAUUUGGAAAUUGAAACUGAAUCUCCCUCAUGGGUUCCAACCUUUCAGCUACAUUCUCUGAACUUGGCGAAUUGUAGCCUCAACAAAAAGAAUGGUCACGUUUUCCCAAGCUUUAUCACCACCCAAGUUGCCUUGGAAUCGCUAGACUUGUCUCACAACUUAAUAAAGGGAAGCAUACCUUGUCAGUUGCUAUUCAACACGAGUAUCUUGGGUUUAUCCUUGAGAAGUAACAAAAUUGAUGGUUCACUUUUUCGUGGUUGCUUUGCUAAUCGAACUUCAUCACUUCAAUUAUUCGACAUGUCUGAUAAUAAUGUCAAAGGUUCUCUUCCCAAAAAUAUUGGAGAUCUUUUUCCAAUCUUAUCCGAUGUUGACAUGUCCUCAAAUGCAUUAGAGGGCGUCAUUCCUUGGUCUUUUGGUAAUCUAUCUUUUGAAGCAUUAGACCUUUCUAAUAACAAGCUCUCAGGGACAAUACCGCAAAGUUUGACUAGAAAUGGCACCCUACUGGUAUAUCUAAAUCUAUCAAACAAUACAUUGGAAGGAGAAAUGCUCCCAAGGGACGCCAACAUGACAAGCUUGGAGUGCUUGCAACUCGGCGGCAAUCAAUUUCAAGGAAUGAUCUCACCCGCAAUAUCAAACAGCCCCUCUCUGGUAAUCCUAGAUAUUCGAAACAAUAACUUGUCUGGUAAUAUUCCAAAGUGGUUGUAUGAUCAUCCUCGCUUGGUGCAAGUUCUUUUAAGUGGAAAUCGCUUUGAAGGUCACCUACUCCGAAGAAUGUGUCAAAUGGAAAGUUUGCAAGUUUUCGAUAUCUCUGAUAAUCAUAUUUCGGGAGGUAUUCCCUCCUGCCUUGAUAACAUUAUAUUAUGGAAGAAGAGUUCUCCAAGCUCUAAUGGCUCAAACUCUUUCAUGGAAAAGGGUCCACUGUUUUCCCUGACACAUCCAGAGGGACUAGAGCCUAAAUUUGAAAUUAAAACGGACUUGCGAGUAAAACAUGAGGUACAUGCUUACAAAGGUAUCCCACUCUCAAUGAUGACUAUAAUUGACAUGUCAUCAAACCAAUUGACAGGUAACAUUCCUUUUGAAAUGGGAGAAUUGUCGCAGCUUCGGUCCUUGAACUUGUCGAAUAAUUUUCUAAAAGGCCCCAUUCCAAAUUCUUUUCAAAACUUGAAAAACAUGGAGAGCUUGGAUCUUUCCCACAACAAAUUGAGUGGGAGAAUCCCUUUUGAAUUUGUUGAAAUGACUUCUCUAUCAGUAUUUAGUGUUGCCUAUAACAAUCUUUCUGGAAGAGUCCCAUUUGAGCGUCAGUUCUCAACUUUCGAGUCGCAAUGCUAUGAUGGAAAUCCAGAUCUAUGUGGAGACCCUCUGCCGAGAAACUGUUCAACUACAAACCAACUUGAACCUGGACAUGAGGAAGAAAAGGAAGAGACUAGAAUAAUCGAUAGCCCUUUAUUCUUCUAUGCAUUUGUUGCUGUCUCUUAUGCAUUCGGAUUUUGGGUUUUCUUUGGGAUCCUAAUCAUUAACAAGAAUUGGAGGCAUAUCUAUUUUAGAGCUGUUGACAGAAUUAUUGAGUCAUGUUUUGAAAUGCUCUAUCAGUGAUUCAUAACCAUAUAUAUAUAUGUACUUCAAAUUUAUGCUUAUCUUCAAUAAAGAUGUUGUAUUGCAAA